AUGGAAGGUGUAUCACCAUUUGAUUAUCUUUCAUUUAUUUCAACAAUUAGUAUUUGUUUAACAUUUUCUAUUGUUUAUGUUCUUGGUUUAUAUAUAUUAUCUCCAUCAUCACGUCGAUAUGAACGUAAUCAUCCGAAUGUAAUUAGAAGAAGAUUUAUCUCAGUAUUUAUUGUUUGUUCAUUAAUUUAUUUGUUUUUAAAACAUACAUGUAAUCCAAAUAUCAAUAUAAAUGCAUGGUUAGGUUUUCGUACAAAUAUUUCAUCAAUAUGGAAAUUAUUCUGCUAUCCAAUUUUAUUAACAUUAAUGUUAUAUCUUGGACCAAUUAUACAAUGGGUAGAUUUAUUUGAUUGGAGAUAUUAUAAAUAUAAUUGGAAAUAUCAUUUCCUAUGUCGUAAUCAAAAUGAACGACUUAUUUUUAUUCGAAAUUAUCUUGUAGCACCAUUUACAGAAGAAUUUGUCUUUCGUUCAUCAAUCUUAUGUUUACUGUAUUCACAUGUAUCCUUAUUUUCUGCCAUAUUUCUUUCGCCAUUAUUCUUUGGUCUUGCUCAUUUCCAUCAUAUGGUUGAACAUUUCAAACAGAACCAUCAUGAAAAACACAAUCGAUUAUCAGCAAUGACUAUAAUACUUAUUCAUCUUUUUCAAUUUUCUUAUACAUAUAUAUUUGGUGUUUAUUCAUCAUUUCUAUUCAUUCGUACAGGUCAUUUUGUACCAUCAUUUAUUAUACAUACAUUAUGUAAUGGACUUGGUAUACCUGAUGUGAUGAAUUUAAUUGAUAUGCAGGAUGGACAAGCUUAUAGAAAAUUUUUUUAUAUGGUAUGUUAUGUCAUUGGUUUAUGGUUAUUUUCAAUGAAUUUAUAUUUUCUUACUCAAUCAAAUUUGUAUUAUUCAAAUGAUAGUAGUAUUGCUAUCUAUCGACAUUGGUCUCAUUAG